CAGUGUCCUCCGGUCACACAAGAGAGGAGGCUCAGGAGUCAAGAUCAUCAUGAUGCCUCAUGGUCAGAGGAGUCAAGACAGUAACCUGGAGGGAGACUAUUCUACCCAGAGUGGUGCACAGGUCUUCGUUGAUGUGCAAGGUCUCGAAGAGACAGUGGAGGAGGAAACAGCAGCCACUGCUUCCUCUGCAUCCUGUCCCUCUUAUAAUGUAAUCAGAACAACACCAAGAGAAGCACCUGGGCUUGGAACACUGAGUUGUCUUCAGAAUUCUCAAGGCAUCUCCUGUCCCCCUAGUGCCACAGUUUCCAGUCAAAAAAAUCAAUGCAGUGAGGGUUCCAGUAGACAAGAAAAGCGGGGUUCAAGACCCUUAUGGGACAUGGACGUUCCUCGGUUCCUACGCAAUGUGCUCCUAAAUGAUAAGUUGCGUAAGUUGGUGUCCUUUCUGCUCUGUAAGUAUCAAAAGAAAGAACAGACCACCCUGGAAGAAAUGCUUCAUGUUGUAGAUGAUGAUUACCGUGAGCACCUCCUUCUGACCUUCAGGGAACUCUGUGAGUCCAUAUGUCUGGGCUUUGGUAUUGAGGUUAAGGAAGUGGAUCCCCCUGGACAUACAUAUGUCCUUGUCCCUGUUUUAGGCCUCACUUACAAUGGCAUACUGGAUGAUGAUGACCAGAUCAUUGCCAAAUUCGACCUCUUGAUAUAUACCCUGACUGCAGUCUUCAUGAGGGGCAACCAAGUCAGUGAGAAGGUACUAAAGAAACAAGUGAUAAAAUGGGGGAUGUUAGCUCUGAGGGAGCACAUUGUUAUUGGGGAGCCCUGGAAGUUCAUCACAGAGGAUUUGGUGCGGGAAGAGUACCUGGUAUACCAGCGGGUUCCUAAUAGUGAUCCCGCUCGCUAUGAGUUCCUAUGGGGUCCAAGAGCCCAUGCUGAAACCACCCAGAUGAAACUCCUAGAGCAUGUGGCCCAGCUCAAUAGGGCAGAUCCCAGGUCUUACCCACAAUUAUAUAACCAAGCUUUGAGAGAAGAAAAUGGUAUGUUCAGGGCCCAUGAGGGGCAAAAUGUGUGACAGGGACAGGGAGUGUUCCACAACAACUUCACUGGCUUAGCCCGCACCUUGUGUGAAAUGAGCCUCAUUUUCAGUCUGUUUAUAGAGAGCAGGCAGUUUUCUAAGUAGUGA